CAUAACUGGAGCAGUGUGGCGACGAGAGUAUGCUGGAGUAGAGUUGUUGUCGGAGAGGGAGGAGAAAGGCUGCGAGUAGACAGAAGGGAAAGCGAGAGUGUAAUAAAGAGCUAUCAGGCAGGAGGAAAUACAUUAUAAAUCAUGGCGUCGGGGGAUACCCUGUACAUAGAAACGGACGGGUCAGAAAUGCCAGCCGAAAUAGUGGAACUGCAUGAAAUCGAAGUAGAGACAAUCGAGACCACAGUUGUUGGAGACGACGGAGAACACCAGCCUAUGAUCGCCUUGCAGCCUCUGGACGAUCCACACUCCCUCCACCCGCACCAGGAGGUGAUCUUAGUGCAAACGAGAGAGGAGGUCGUGGGUGAGGAUGACUCUGAACUGCACACGGAUGAUGGUUUUGAGGACCAAAUCCUCAUCCCAGUACCCGCCGUUGAGGAGGACUAUAUCGAACAGACUCUGGUUACAGUCGCGGGGAAAAGCUCCUCGACAGGCCGGAUGAGGAAGCCUGGAAGCGGGAAGAAAACGGGCAAAAAGAGCUAUAUGAGCGGCGGAGACAUGGGCAGAAAGUGGGAACAGAAGCAGGUCCAGAUAAAGACUUUGGAGGGGGAGUUUUCGGUGACUAUGUGGGCAUCGGACGACAAGAAAGACAUAGACCAUGAAGAGCAAAUCAUAGGGGAAAACUCGCCUCCUGAUUACUCUGAAUACAUGACGGGGAAGAAGCUUCCUCCCGGAGGCAUCCCAGGCAUCGACCUGUCAGACCCAAAACAGCUGGCAGAGUUUGCACGAAUGAAACCACGAAAAGUAAAAGAAGACGAUGCACCAAGGACG